UCUUGGGAUGGUGAAAUCAAAGGUCUCGCCGUGUUUGCACCACCUAAUUAGCUUGACGUUUCCUUCGUGCCCUAAUCUGCUUCUUUCUCUCGGGCUUCGAUAGAGUAGGCUACAGAACUCAAGCCUAUCUCCUGCAGUUGAAUUCAUCGGAAAUGGCAAAACGAACAAAGAAGGUUGGCAUUGUUGGGAAAUAUGGUACAAGGUAUGGUGCCAGUUUAAGAAAGCAGAUCAAGAAGAUGGAAGUGAGCCAGCAUUCCAAGUAUUUCUGUGAAUUCUGUGGCAAGUUUGCAGUGAAGAGGAAAGCAGUCGGGAUCUGGGGAUGUAAGGAUUGUGGGAAAGUUAAGGCAGGUGGUGCUUACACAUUAAACACUCCUAGUGCUGUUACAGUGCGCAGCACCAUUAGAAGGUUGAGGGAGCAGACAGAAAGCUGAUUGUUUUCUCUUAUUUUCAUAAAGUUAAGUUUUUAAUUAGGAAGUAAGGGGGAAGGCACUUGAACCAAAUGUUGUUUUGAAGAGCCAAAAUUCUUCUUAUGAAAUUCCCCUCCAAUUUUUUGUCGUUAUAGAACUGUACCAGUGAUUUUCAUUGAGUUUGUUUUGUUGGUCUGCUAUGUUAUAGAACUUUACCAGUGAUUUUCAUUGAGUUUGUUUUGUUGGUCUGCUAUGUUAUAGAACUUUACCAGUGAUUUUCAUUGAGUUUGUUUUGUUGGUCUGCUAUGUUAUAGAACUUUACCAGUGAUUUUCAUUGAGUUUGUUUUGUUGGUCUGCUAUUUAUAACAAUUGUGUUCAACUUUCAAAAUGCUUGAAAUGGAAAUAUGAUUUAGAAUUA